GACAUUAACACACCCAUAUCAUUGAGACCACGUAAUCUUCUCUAUCAGAGCCUCAUCUCUUAUCUCUCACCCCUCUCUCUCUCUCUCUCUCUCGCUCGCUCUGUGUGUGUAGAUUACAUAUAUGGAGUGGCACAGUAGUAAGUUGUCUCCGAGCCUCGGCUUGCCGGCGAUCGUCUUCACGCUCUGCUACUGUCUCUUGACCUCCACCGCCGCCGCGAACAAGUUUAAUGUCGGGGGGAGGAACGGGUGGGUCGUCCAUCCUUCCGAGGAUUACAACCAGUGGUCCGGCAGGAUGCGGUUUUUGAUCAACGACACCCUCUACUUCCGGUACACGAAAGGCGAGGACUCGGUUUUGCUCGUGAACAAGGACGACUACGACAAGUGCAACAAGAAGAACCCGAUUCAGAGAUGGGAUGACGGAGACACCACGUUCGCUCUCGAUAGGUCGGGCCCUUUCUUCUUCAUCAGUGGACAGGACAAUCACUGUCAGCAGGGACAGAAGCUCAUCGUCGUCGUCUUGUCCAUUAGGCGGCCACCUGUGGUUCCGGGAGUGCCUCCUCCACCGACAGGAUCAGCUCCGGGCACUUCGCCGCCGGCACCAGGAACUGGAGCAAAGCCACCAGCUCCAGGAACUUCAUCUCCGCCAUCACCAGCUCCGGGAGCGAUGGCACCGGCUCCGGUCAUAUCAACACCGCCACAAGCUCCUGGAGCAGCAGUUCCCGCCGGAGCCCCUGGCACGUCACCACCGGCAGGUCCCGCCCUGUCACCUUCAGUCGUACCAGGGCCUGCCGGAGCCCCUGGCACAUCACCGCCGGCAGGUCCCGCCCUGUCACCGUCAGUCGUACCAGGGCCUGCCGGAGCAUUGCCUCCCGGGACUUCACCGCCAAGUCCACCAGGCAGUACUGCACCAUCUGAGUCAAUAUCUCCUUCUGGAUCAGCAGUACCCCCUGGGUCUCCAUCUUCUGGCUUGCCUGCCAACGGCACAGGUACGCCGACUUCACCACCGGGAAGUUCAUCGGCAUGGGCUAUCCGUUCUACAGGAUUUGGCGCGUCCGGCGUCGGUCUCGUGCUCGCUAUGCUUUUAUGGGCAACUUCAUAAUUAAAGAUUAGCUUGAAACUAAGGAAUUAUUAGUCGAUGGCCUAGCUUAUUGUAAAAUUUACAUUGUUCUUAUGUCUGUGAUUUUGUUAGUUGUCCAUAUAUUCACUUCCUCGGGAUAUUUUUUUUAAUUUUAAUGUCUUAUGAUUUAUUCUUUUUUAUUUUUUUUCCAUUGAGGAUUUGUGUAUGGAUCUGAAUUUAUUUAUCUUGUCGUUUUUA